CAAAGCUGACACUGGCAGCAGGUGCCUGAGCAAAAAGCAGCAAGUUUGCCAGCAGGAACUGGUGAGCCUUUAAAGAUGUGGAAAGCAGUUGUGGGACACAACGUGUCAGUGAAGGUGGAGGCCGAGGGAGACGACUGGGACACGGACCCUGAUUUCGUGAACGACAUCUCCGAGCAGGAGCAGCGCUGGGGAGCCAAAACCAUCGAGGGCUCUGGCCGCGCCGGGCACAUCGACAUCCAUCAGCUGAGGAACAAGGUAUCAGAGGAACACGAGGUCAUCAAGAAGAAGGAGCUGGAGACUGGCCCCAAGGCAUCCUAUGGCUAUGGGGGCAAAUUUGGAACGGAGCAAGACCGAAUGGAUAAGUGUGCAGUGGGACACGAAUACGUUGCUGAUGUUGGGAAGCACUCCUCGCAGACAGAUGCAGCCCAGGGCUUUGGUGGCAAGUUCGGAGUCCAGCGGGACCGAGCCGAUAAGUCAGCAGUGGGCUUUGAAUACAAGAGUGAGGUGGAGAAACACUCGUCCCAGAAAGAUUACUCCAAGGGCUUUGGUGGCCGUUACGGAGUGGAAAGGGAUAAGGUGGACAAAGCAGCUGUGGGAUUUGACUACAAGAGCCAGGCAGAGAAGCAUGACUCUCAGAAAGACUAUUCUGUGGGCUUUGGUGGGAAGUUUGGGGUCCAGAGGGAUCGUCAGGACAAGAAUGCCCUUGGCUGGGACCACCAGGAAGAAGUGCAGCCCCAUGCAUCCCAAAGAGACUAUGCCAAGGGGUUUGGAGGCCGUUAUGGGGUCCAGAAGGAUAGAGUGGAUAAGAGUGCAGCUGGCUUUGAUGAGAUGGCAGCUCCUGCCUCCUCCUAUGAGAAAACAAGACCCCUGGAGGCAGGAGCCUGCAGUGGCACCAGCAGCCUGCGGCUGCGGUUUGAGCACAUGGCGCAGUCGGCGGAGGAGGAGAGCAGGAGGCAGGCCCAGGAGGAGCGGCUGAGGCGGCAGCCCCGGGAGCACCGGCGGGCUCAGCAGCAGCAGGAAAUCCCUCCGAGAGAGAAGGAGCCCGCUGGGACUGGGGCAGCCCCUGCAGCCGUGCCAGCAGGGGGACCCAGGGGCGCUGCUGGGGACCAGCCCAUGUCACCAGGAGAGCAGGAGGCCAGAAGGGAGGAUGAAGAAGUACCACCCACUUUGCCACCAAGGCCAGCAGAUCUGGAUGUGGAGCUGUGCAAGGUCCCCAGCCAGGGUCAGCCCACCUACGAUGUAAGUUUGGAUGUUGGUGGAGACUAUGAGGAGCUGCCAGAGCCCUCUGACUACUGUGACAGCACCAGUGGAGGUGCUGAGUACGAGGAGCUGCCAGCCCCACUGGGAAAGCUGGAUGCCACCUACGACUUUGGAGGAGAUGGAGAUGAAGACUAUGAGGUGAUCCUUCCUCAGGAGCCCAGACAGAGCCAUCCCCACCUGGGGAACAUGGACCAUGCUCCUGAGGGGCAGAGCUCCGGGAUGUGCGCAGUGGCUCUCUAUGAUUACCAGGGAGAUGGAGAUGAUGAGAUUUCUUUUGAUCCUGAUGACACAAUCACGCACAUUGAGAUGGUGGAUGAAGGCUGGUGGCGGGGACAGUGCCAUGGCAGAGUCGGCCUCUUCCCAGCAAAUUAUGUGAAGCUUCUGCAAUGAAAUUAGCACAGUGCAAGCUGCUUCCCUCCCAACUUUUGCCUCUGUCAUGGUUUGACACUGGCCAAAUGCCAGACACCUGCAAAAGUCACUCAUUCACCCUCCUCUGCCACAACUUUGCAGAGGAGAGAAAAAUAUAUUGAAGGCUUUGUGAGCUAAGGACUGGGAGAAAACACUCCAAGGGCAAAAUAGGCUUGACUUAGAGGUACAAAGUGAUAUUAUUACUAACAGAGUCAGAGGAGG